AUGGCCACCUCUUCCACCUCACACCGUCCGAUCAAGGGGAUCCUCAAGAACAAAAGCGGCGCCGUGGCUCCUUCCAUCGCGGGACCAGCACAGCAGACCAGCGGGACAAUCCCCGAGAUGCAAAGAAAAAAGUCCCAGAAGUGGGAUGAAUCCAGCAUUCUGGCCACUUACCGCCCAGCAUACGGAGACCACGAUUUAAUGACCAUCAAUGAGACUGGCAUCCCCUACCUAGGUGUACAAGAAGAUAGCGAAGAUGGAACGAGCGACGCGGAAGCAAAAGAAAUCACGAGCGGAGACAUCUUAGCCAACAAACUGGGCACCGCUGACAGUUCGGAUCCUGUCUAUCAGACCGAGGGGCUUGAAAGCCGAGCGGCGCACACCUCCAGGGAAUUCAUCUUAAGACAAGAAAAGCAGCGGGAGUUUGAGAUGAAGAGGAAACUUCACUACAACGAAGGACUGAACAUCAAAUUAGCUAGACAACUAAUUUCGACAGAUUUUCAAAAUGAGGAAAAGGAUGAGAACGAAGACAAUCUCCACCUGCAGUCUGAAGACAUCACCGAAGACUCAGACUCAUCCUACAAGUAA